UCCGGGGGAAAACGGUCCAAGGAUCGCGUGUUUUAACGUAUUUUCCCAUUUCGCGAUCGCGAUGGAAAAGCCGGAGUAUGUGCGGGUGUUGUACAAAUUGUCGGUCAGCCAGAGACUGGCUAUCGUGGAGCGUAUCGACCGGUUCGGAGCGAGUGUAAAAGAUGUGGCCAAAGAAUAUCAGGUGCCGGUGCGCGCGAUCAGGGAAGUGUACAAAAAUAAGGACAAAUACAGUGGCCGAAGCAUCCACAGGAAGACCAUCUCCAAAACAGCAGUUCGCGCGAACCAACAACGGCUGGAACACGCCAUGCGCCUUUCCGUACAACUGGCUAAGGACAACGAUAUUCCCCUAACGACGACGUGGCUGAGAAGCAAAGCUCAUGAUUUCGCCAAACUGUUCAAUGUUCUCCAGUUCAAGGGCAGCUCCGGAUGGUAUCAUAAAUUCCGGACACAAUCGAAAAUUGAGCCAGCAGAUGCGAAGAAAGAAUCGUCGAUAAAUGCAGAGUGCGGUUCGGCAAACACUGAACCAGAGUGCGAUCCGCGGCAGCUGCUCGGCCAGUAUCGUGCGAAAAGUACGUUUUUCUUGGUCCCCUUUGGUUUGUUCUACAAAUGCACGCCUGAUGCAGUGGCCGGUUACCAUCGGAAAGUGUGCCCAAACGGCGGUCUGGCUGACCACCGAUUGACCAUUCUGUGUACGGUGAAUAUGGAUGGUUCGGAGAAGCUUCCUCUAAUGGUGAUCGGGAACGAAAAAUCACCCAGCUCCUUAAGCGAUAUCAAGUCACUACCAGUUCUCUAUCGGUGUAAUCUCUGCUCCUGGUUAUGCUGGACAGUGCUGCGGAGCUAUAUUGAGCAGCUGGACAAAAUAUUCCAGAAGGCAAAUCGGAAAGCGCUGCUCGUAAUGGAGGAUAGUCCGGCGUUCGUUAAUCGAGAGAAGAAUAUCCAGCUGAACGCUAUUAAAUUGCUGUUCUUACAAUCAAACUCCUGCUUCGGUAAACUUCAGUUCAGUUUCAUCAAACGACUAAAGCAACAUUACCGCCAAGAGCUGCUAAACCAAAGCCUGGAAUCGAUGGAAGACGACAAGAGUUUCAACUGGAAGGCUAAGUGCGUGUGAAGUGCGUGUGCCUCUCGUGUACUGUUACGCUAUCACUUCAUCCGUGUCUCUCUACGUAAAAGUGCCACCGUGUGUGUAUGUGUAAAAAGUUACGCGAGAAUUUGUCCAACACGCCAGUCACCAUAUUGAACGCUCCGCUGUUGCGGCGCAAGGAAGAACUCGAAUCAAAUCCCCACAGAAAAAACCGCGGAGUGAUUCCUCUGGUCCCAGCAAGGAUCAGACCCCAUCAGGUUGUGUGAUCGUCGGCGCCCAUCAAGUAGGCCGUUCGUUGUGCAAAGUGUACGCGUGUGUGUGUGCGUGUGUGUAUUUUGGUGAGCCAACGGCUUCGAAUUCGCGGUUGUGAAGUGCAAUGAGAAAGCUUGACAAGUAGGCGCGCCUUUGGAGCAAUUGUGUUUGUUGCCGUGGUGAUUGCUGCGUGAAUCGCGACGAUUGAAGCCGCGACUGGCGGGCGAGUGAGCGAGCGUUCGCGCUCCAAACACAACUACACAACUGAUAAGAAACUAAGUGGCGGUGCAGUGGGUGGAUCGUCGUGCGCGAGUGUUUCGUAGACCAUCACACCUUUCCUCCGGGCGUUUCGUAUACGCCGUAUGCCCACCGGAACACUGAAGCAAUAGAUGUACUCGAUGGUGGAAUACUACAGCGACAUGGGGCAGCUCGAGCAGGACUACGGCUCAAAGAAUGCGCCGACGGACGACUCGAACCUGGACCAUGUCACAAAGGUGAUCGCGUACCAUCCCCGCUAUCUGAACCAUUUCCUCAAAACGCAGCGAUUCGUGAUGCAGUGCGAUGGUCCGCUGCCGUACGACUAUCGAAACUACAUCGCCAUUAUGGCUGCCGCCCGGCACAAGUGCACCUACCUGGUGAACCUGUACGAGGAGGUGUUUGUGGCGAAUGGAGGUGAUCCCAAUUGGCUGAACGGGCUCGAGCACAUCCCGGUUAAGCUGCGUGCCAUAGCGGACAUUAACAAAAUCCUUGCCCACCGUCCGUGGUUGCUCAACAAAACACACAUCGAGCGCCUUACGAAGGGACAGAACAGUUGGUCGCUGUCGGAGGUGGUGCACGCGAUCGUACUGCUGGCCCACUUUCACUCUCUCUCGUCGUUCGUGUUCUCCUGCGGUCUAACGCAGGAGCUGGACGCGGUCACUACUAGUCACAAGGUCAUCGAAAACAACAACGUUCUCAGCCAGAAGACUGCGUUCGAUCAUCUGAACGAUCUGUACAAUGCUCAGCAGCAGCCAUCGCAGCCGGCGCAGCAGUCUGAGCUGUUGCUACCGCAACUAGCCGACGAUGGUGGUAACAUCCGUCCAGAGGUGACGGUCGAUGCGCUGAUGCAGCGCAUGAAGCGACUGUCGGAGAAGAACGACGAGUGUAGCGAGACGGAGCUGAGCAAUCGCUUCAAGCACGUCGAACUGCAGGCAGCCGAACUACCGGCCGUGGUUAUGCGGGAAGCAUCGGCCGAAGUGCCGCAGCAGAUCGGUCGUUACGUCGAUGAUCCCGGGUUCACCUACCAGGACUUUGCACGUCGAGGUGCGGAAAACAUUCCGCAAACGUUCCGGAUACAGGACUACUCCUGGGAUGAUCAUGCGUACUCGCUGGUGAACAGACUGUACAAUGAUGUGGGGUUCUAUCUGGACGAUAAAUUCCGGGUGGCCUACAACCUGACGUACUACACGAUCGCUGGGCGCAAGAACGUCGAUACGUCCAAAUUUCGGCGUGCGAUCUGGAACUACAUCCAGUGCAUCUAUGGUAUCCGGUACGAUGAUUACGAUUACGGCGAGGUGAACCAGCUGCUCGAUCGAUCGCUUAAGAUGUUUAUCAAGACGGCCUGUUGUUUCCCGGAGCGCAUCACCAAGCUCGACUACGACAGUGUCCUGGUGGAGCUGCUGCAUAGUGAGAAGGUACACAUCAACCUUAUGAUUUUGGAAGCUCGCAAUCAGGCGGAACUGCUGUAUGCCUUACGUGAAAUUAUGCGAUACAUGACAUGAUGAUUGCAGCGAGGCCAUCGCCAGAAAGACAGGAUGCGCUGGGCCAGUAAUAUAAUGGAGACGGAGACGAAGUGGAUUGGUUGAUGUUGUUGUUGAAGAGAAGGAUCUUAUGCGUGAUAUGAGAAGGAAGGAGAGAGCGUGUUGGAGAUUGGACGAGAAGAUUGGGAAACACUCUGGACAUCGUAUGCCUGCGGUGUUGGCCGUUUUUGUUCGCGCGUGGCUCUUAGACGCCUUUUAGCGGACGAAGCGUGUGUGGCGCCUGCGAUUGAUUUGUUGCUGUGUGUUGUGUCGUUGCUGUUGUUGUUGUUGACUAAUGUGCUAUGCGUGUGUUACGCGUUCUCUGUUGUAGAACGCCCGAGAGUGCUGUGAGACCGGUCGCAUACGGUUCGAUGGGGGGAAAG